AAGGUUCCAAAUUUCCACUCGUGUAUAAAUUCAGAUCCGCACGUUAACCAAAUCGCAAUUCGCACUUCAGAGUCCUAUCGCUUUCCACGUAAGUCACACACAAGCUCCAAAAAACAGAAACACUGAAUUCACCGCCGAUGGAGAUCGACGGCAACGUUCUCGCCGCCAAGUCGUUGGUCCGCUUCGGCGUGCGCCAUAUGUUCGGCGUGGUGGGAAUUCCGGUGACUUCGCUGGCAAACCGCGCCGUCGCCCUCGGCGUCCGAUUCAUCGCCUUCCACAAUGAGCAGUCCGCGGGCUACGCCGCCUCUGCCUACGGCUACCUCACCGCGACCCCCGGCGUUUUCCUCACCGUCUCCGGCCCCGGCUGCGUCCACGGCCUCGCCGGCCUCUCUAAUGCCUCUAUCAACACCUGGCCUACCGUCCUGAUCUCCGGCUCCUGCGACCAGGCCGACGUCGGCCGCGGCGACUUCCAGGAACUCAACCAGAUUGAAGCCACCAAGCCUUUCUCCAAACUCUCCGUCAGAGCCUCUCACAUCUCCGAAAUCCCGGCCCGUGUGGCCCAAGUUUUGGAAUGGGCCCAAUCAGGCCGGCCGGGUGGGUGCUACUUAGAUCUCCCCACCGAUGUCUUACAUCAAAAGAUAUCAGAAUCCGAAGCGGAAAAACUCUUGACCGAAGUGGAAAAAAACCGCGCGAAACCCGAACCUUAUUCUAUUUCCAAUUCGAAGAUCGAAGAAGCUGUUUCUCUGCUUAGACGUGCGGAGAGGCCGUUGAUUGUGUUUGGAAAAGGAGCGGCGUACGCCCGUGCGGAACACGUCCUUACGAAGCUGGUGGAGACGACUGGGAUUCCGUUUCUCCCCACUCCGAUGGGUAAGGGGUUGUUGCCGGAUACUCACGCGCUUGCUGCCACCGCUGCUAGGUCACUCGCGAUCGGGAAGUGUGACGUGGCGCUUGUGGUUGGAGCGAGGUUGAAUUGGCUUCUCCAUUUCGGUGAGCCACCAAAAUGGUCGAAGGAUGUGAAGUUUAUCUUGGUGGAUGUGAGUGAGGAGGAGAUUGAGCUGAGAAAACCUCACUUGGGUUUGGUGGGUGAUGCUAAGCAGGUGAUUGAGGUUUUGAAUAAGGAGAUUAAGGAUGACCCGUUUUGCUUGGGGAACACGCAUCCAUGGGUGCAAGCGAUUUCCAACAAGGCGAAGGAUAAUGUGGCAAAGAUGGAGGUUCAGUUGAGGAAGGACGUUGUGCCGUUUAAUUUUUUGACGCCUAUGAGGAUUAUACGCGAUGCUAUUGCGGAUUUAGGAAGUCCUGCUCCUAUAGUGGUUUCCGAAGGGGCAAAUACCAUGGAUGUGGGAAGGUCUGUGUUGGUUCAGACCGAACCUCGGACGAGAUUGGAUGCAGGCACGUGGGGGACCAUGGGAGUUGGUCUAGGUUACUGCAUUGCCGCCGCUGUUGCUUCUCCGGACCGGCUCGUGGUUGCUGUUGAAGGGGAUUCUGGAUUUGGGUUUAGUGCCAUUGAAGUUGAGACACUGGUUCGGUACCAGCUUCCUGUGGUUGUGAUUGUUUUCAACAAUGGGGGUGUUUAUGGUGGCGAUCGGAGACGCCCAGAAGAGAUAGACGGACCUCACAAAGGUGAUCCUGCCCCUACAGAUUUUGUCCCAAAUGCAGGAUACCAUGCUUUGAUAGAAGCUUUUGGCGGAAAGGGCUAUCUUGUUGGGAUGCCUGAUGAACUCAAGUUUGCUCUUUCAGAAUCGUUCUCUGCUCGGAAACCAGCUGUAAUAAAUGUUGUGAUUGACCCCUAUGCCGGUUCAGAGAGCGGGAGGAUGCAACACAAAAAUUAAUUUCACUUAUUUAGUUGCCAAUUACUAUAUAUCAUCCUUUCACUUAUUUUACUUCUGGUUUUGAAUAACACAUCGAUUGUACUCCUAAGGUUUUUCAUGCUUGAAUUAUCUGUUUCAGCAUGGCCAUCAUCAAGUAUAUUUCACUACUAUAGAAUUGUUUAUAUAAAAGCUCUCAACUUUUUUC